GGAGUCAGAACCUGCAUCCAUUUCUGCUUCACGCUUUCCAUCGACUCACCUACGGGUACCUCUCUUUUCCGCACACAGAGCAGCUCUGUGCUAUAAACCUCCAACCUUCCGUCCUCACACACCUAAAAGGGAAAUACCGUGAUGUGCCUAGGGCGCGGGAACUGCGAGUCUGGGAGUUUGAAAAGCGAGACUGCUUCCGCUCUUCCCCUUCUCUUGAACUCUGCUUAAGUUCUCUGUGGUCUGCAAGGUCGGGGAGCAGUCCUGGAGCGCCUGCAGGUGACCACCACCCCUACCCCCACCAAGCUUUGACAAAUCUCAGUUCAAAGAAUGUUGAGCCGAGCCGCGGUCAGGCGCUCAGGGAGACUGGGUGCUGGCUGCACGCAGGGCCAUUGGGAGCCUAUGGGACAGAUCGCCUUGGCCCGGCUGACUGAGUCUCUGGGCGCUGCCCUGGCUGUGUGGAAGCUCCCAGGAUCCGGCAGGCGUGAAGCAGCCGCUCCUGCCCUGCCAGCAAUUGGAAACUGGAAAUGAGAGAGCAUGACUGAGCGGGAGUUUUGGAGGGAGUUUGCAUGUGGUCAGCUCUGGGCUCCUAAGCCAGCCCCCAGCUCACAUUACACUCUAUUUAUAACCUCUCCGAGCCAUUUCCCCCAUGAAAGCAGUUCUCUGGGACCACCUUCUUUUGGCUUCCACCUCUCCCACACUUGACAUCUGAGCAGCUGCGAGGGAAGCUCCUCCAGGUCCCAGUGUUUAUAUGUGCAGGAGACUGGCCGCUAAGGUUUAGGACUGGGAUUAGCCAGCUCUGCUGAAACGCGCGACUCCUAAGGAGUGUGUGUGUGCGUGUGUUGGGGAGAAAGAGUUCUAGGACUUUCAGUGAAAAGUGACAGAGCUUGGUGGCCUUUGGGACCAUCGUGAAGUCUUCUGCCUGGAAGUCCAGACGUGCAUGCCAUGGAACACCCCCUCUUUGGCUGCCUGCGCAGCCCCCACGCCACAGCGCAAGGCUUGCACCCUUUCUCGCAGUCUUCUCUGGCCCUCCAUGGAAGAUCUGACCACAUGUCCUACCCCGAACUCUCCACAUCUUCCUCGUCUUGCAUAAUCGCGGGAUACCCCAACGAGGAGAGCAUGUUUGCCAGCCAGCAUCACAGGGGGCACCACCACCACCACCAUCACCACCAUCACCACCACCAGCAGCAGCAGCACCAGGCUCUUCAGAGCAACUGGCACCUCCCGCAGAUGUCCUCCCCGCCGAGCGCGGCCCGGCACAGCCUGUGCCUGCAGCCCGACUCGGGAGGGCCUCCCGAGCUGGGGAGCAGCCCUCCGGUCCUGUGUUCCAACUCCUCCAGCCUGGGCUCCAGCACCCCGACCGGAGCCGUGUGCGCACCCGGGGACUAUGGCCGCCAAGCGCUGUCACCCGCGGAGGUGGAAAAGAGAGGCGGCGGCAAGAGGAAAAGCGACAGCUCAGAUUCCCAGGAGGGAAAUUACAAGUCAGAAGUGAACAGCAAACCUAGAAAGGAAAGAACAGCUUUUACCAAGGAGCAAAUCAGAGAACUCGAGGCAGAAUUUGCCCAUCAUAAUUAUUUGACCAGACUGAGAAGAUAUGAGAUAGCAGUGAAUCUAGAUCUCACCGAAAGACAGGUGAAAGUGUGGUUCCAGAACAGGAGAAUGAAGUGGAAGCGGGUCAAAGGCGGACAGCAAGGGGCUGCAGCUCGAGAAAAGGAACUGGUGAAUGUGAAAAAGGGAACGCUUCUCCCAUCAGAGCUGUCGGGGAUUGGUGCAGCGACCCUACAGCAGACAGGGGACUCACUAGCAAAUGACGACAGUCGCGACAGCGACCACAGCUCAGAGCAUGCACACUUGUGAUACACACAGGGACCAGCUCCAUUCUCAGGAAAGCGCCACUGUGACGGCAAGCCUUACCCAAACAUCGUUUACAUGGCAGAUGACUGUGGCAGCGGUGCUUAGUAUAAUCAAAUGCAGGCAUCUCAAGUCUUGUCUCUCGCGGUUGAUAGAAGGUUUACACUAAGUGCCUCUUAUUGAAGAUGCUUCCACAGUGAAAUUGGAGAAGGGGAGCGUAUUCCAAAUACACUUGUUCCUAUAUGUGACAGAGAGGGAGAUGAGUGUUUGCUUUGGGUUUCACUGAAAAUUAAACUGCCACCAAGAGCAAACUCGAUAAGAAGUUUCUUUUCAAGAUGUCUCCAAGGCGAAGAUGUUAAAAAUGAAAAUGCUUUAAACAUUCCAGUUGUACCAGGUCAUGCGUGUGACAUUGGGCAGGUAUUUGCUUUUGCUUGCACUGAAAAGUAAAUUGCUAUCAAGUUAACCCAUGAAAUAGUUUAUCCUGAACAGCCACAGUGCCUGAAAUCACCAAGUGGAUGGAAAAUGUAUUCAAACUCUGUAUAUAUUACCCCUAAAUCAUGUUCCUGUCUUCACUAAUUUUAGCAAACGCAUUCAUAUUAGCUGAUGAAUAUAGGUUUUCCCAUUGACAAGCACAGCCAAGCUUCCUGUACUUUUAUACAGUUUUGUCAGUCAGAGACAGUCAGUCUGUGCUUACUUGUGUUCAUGUAGAGAAAAUGAAGCAGAGUCUGAUAGGACAUAUUCUUGUACCACAGACAAAACAAAUCUUCUGUUGCAUUUACUAUCAACUGCUGCUGAUACAUUAUAGAACAUACCUAGCCCCUCGAGUCUUCCUCUCUUAUAGCUUGAAAAACCUUAGGAUCAUAGGCAGAUCAGUUACCUUGCAGAAAGAGUGUUGCGUGGCAAAUGUCUAACUUUAUAUCUUUAAAUUGUUAGUGUUUAUGGAUGUGAUUCAUUUAACAGGGAAAAGGUUUUUUCCUCGUUGUUUAAGAUAUCAAACCAAGUGCCAAAGCUAAUUCUUCAAGAGAAUAGAUGAAACAUUCUGAAUGUCUGAAAAUUAGACUCAGCAAAAAUACCUUAUUUUUCAUAUGCUCUAUAUUCAUGCAAAACAAGUCUUUGUAUUUUGUAAAAAAAAAAUUGAAUAAAUGAUCCUUCAAAUAA